AUGUUAUGUUGUGUUAAGAAUUCAGAUCGGAAAAAGCAAGGGAAAAAGGAGGCAACAUGGAGGAUUUUUUCUCUGAAAGAACUUCAAUUAGCUACCAACAAUUUUAACUAUGAUAACAAGCUUGGGGAAGGUGCAUUUGGCAGUGUUUAUUGGGGUCAGCUAUGGGAUGGUUCCCAGAUAGCCGUUAAAAGGUUAAAGUCUUGGAGUAACAAAGCAGAGAUGGAAUUUUCCAUUGAAGUCGAGGUGCUGGCUCGUGUACGGCACAAGAACUUGCUAACAUUACGUGGCUAUUGUGCAGAAGGGCUGGAGCGUCUGAUUGUGUAUGAUUUCAUGACUAAUCUGAGCUUACUUUCUCAUCUUCAUGGGCAACAUUCUUCUGAAUGCCAACUUGAUUGGAAUCGGCGGAUGAAAAUUGCCGUUGGAGCUGCUGAGGGCAUUGCCUAUCUACACCACCAUGCAACCCCACACAUAAUCCAUCGAGACAUUAAAGCUAGCAACGUGUUGCUGGAUGUAGAUUUUCAAGCCCAGGUUGCUGAUUUUGGUUUUGCAAAAUUUAUACCUGAUGGAGCAACACAUGUAACAACUAAAGUUAAAGGUACUUUCGGCUAUCUUGCUCCAGAAUAUGCAAUGUUAGGUAAGGCAUCGGAGAGCUGUGAUGUUUACAGCUUCGGCAUUCUUUUGCUCGAGAUUGCUAGUGGCAAGAAACCUCUGGAGAAGCUCAGUUCAACAAUGAAGCAGGCAAUUACAGAUUGGGCCCUACCACUGGCAUGCAAGAAAAAACUUGAUGAACUUGCAGACCCAAGGCUUGAGGGAAAGUAUGUUGAAGAAGAACUGAAAAGGCUUGUCUUUGUUGGGCUAGUCUGUGCUCAUAACCGACCAGAGAAGAGACCAACUAUGCUGGAAGUCGUCGAAUUACUUAAAGGAGACAAUGAAAAGAUUGCCAAUCUGGAAAACGAUGAAAUGUUCAAGAUCAUUGCAUCUACAGACUCGGGUGCUGAAGACAGCCCUGGUUUCUUCUCAGAGGAAAAAGAACCAAAAGAAGAAAUUGAAAAUGCAAAGUCCUAG